UUCAACAUGGCGGCCUUGACAGCUGUGGUCACCAGCAGCUCGUAGAGGGACAGAACGGGGCAGGACAGCGAUGGGCCACGGCCAAUAUCUAUCUCGGAUAAAUAAAACUAUCGCCCGGUCUCAAAUGUUAGUGAUGAUUAAGUGAUAAUUACGGUGUUUCACGUUGAUUUAUGGCGCAUUCGUUUCUAGUUUAUGAAGGUAAAGCGGCUGAGUUCAGCUAACUUAGCAGAAUUGCUCUUCCAAGGGGAAGGAAGUUUUGCUGUGGCGGAGGAAACAUAAUAGGAAGCCGGGCAGGGCCGAACUAUCCCGACAUGGAGGACUCCGGCUCGGCCCUGGAGAAAAAUGUGGCCGACCUCACGGUGAUGGACGUGUACGACAUCGCCGCGGUGGUAGGCCAGGAGUUCGAGCGUAUCAUCGACCAGUACGGCUGCGAGGCUCUGUCCCGGCUGAUGCCCAAAGUGGUGCGGGUGUUGGAGAUCCUGGAGGUGAUGGUGAGCCGCAACAACAUCAGCCCGGAGACCGAGGAGCUGCGGCUGGAGCUGGACAAGCUGCGGCUGGAGCGGAUAGACCGGCUGGAGAAGGAGAAGAAGCACAGGAAGGAGCUGGAGCUGGUGGAGGACGUGUGGAGAGGAGAAGCUCAGGACCUCCUCUGUCAGAUCUCUCAGCUGCAGGAGGAGAACAAAAGCCUCCUCACCAACAUGUCCAUCAAAGACCCCAUGAGUGAGGAGGACCUGCAGAGGCAUGAGGGUAUGACGGAGAGAGAGAAGCAGGUGAUGAAGAAGCUUAAAGAAGUGGUGGACAAGCAGAGAGAUGAGAUUCGAGCCAAGGACCGAGAGCUGACCCUAAAGAGCGAGGACAUAGAAGCACUCCAGCAGCAGCAGUCUCGCCUCAUGAAAAUCAACCACGACCUGCGACAUAAAAUCUCCGUGGUGGAGGCUCAGGGGAAAGCACUGAUUGAACAAAAGGUGGAGCUGGAGGCGGGUGCUCAGACGCGCGGGCAGGAAGUCGGCGCUUUACGGCAGGAAGUCCAGCGCUUGAGGGAACGACUUCAAGGAGAUCAGACUGCCCAGAACCCAGAGGAGUCCCUGCCUCAGCCCCCCUCCCCUGCAGAGUGUGGUAAAGCUGCUGCAGCGAUGGGUGCUGAGGGCUGGUCAAACAGACCUGAGCCCUCUGAGCUGAUGGAGGGUGGGUUUGAACCUCCCCCCCAACCCCUGCCUGGUUCCCUCAGCCCAGAGGGACCCUUGGAUGAGGAAGCUGAGGACGAGGCUGUGUUACUCUGGGAGGCGAUGUGCGAUGAGGACAUGCCUGCUGUGUUCCAAUAUUUUACUAAGGAGGCGUUGUGUGAGGAGGAGUCUGGAGGCCUGGACCCAAAGGACCCCAAUCGUCCCAGGUUCACCCUACAGGAGCUAAGGGACGUUCUCCACGAGAGAAAUGAGCUGAAGGCCAAAGUGUUCCUGCUGCAGGAGGAGCUGGCCUACUAUAAAAGUGAGGAGACAGAAGACGAUAUCAUUACUCCCUCUCCGUCACCCUCACCUGAACCAAGGACUCGCUCCCGUACUACUACUCAGCCCGAGUCUGGAAUCAAACGCUUGUUUAGUUUCUUCUCCCGGGACAAACAGCGGGGCACACAGCGGAGCGCACAGUUUGACGGCUCGUGGACAGGGAAGGACGACGUGUACACCGAACAAGCACAGGAGGCGUUGCAGCACAUGUAGUGACAAGUCAAACUCCAAAACUGUUUAACACUCCCAUGUUCAUCACUCGAGGCCGGCUCAUCAACUGCAAAUCAAAACCUCCACUACGAGACACGCUGCAUCUAAGAUCUCAUUAUCAUCUCUGCUGGUUGAGAGAAGGUGAACGGAAAGAGGAGUGAAUGGAUGAACUUUUAGAGGGCUCCUUCUUAGAUAAAGAUAUUUAUAAAAGAACUUCCCCACAAGGUUUCUUAAAACGUCACGUGAUUCUCAGUGAUUAAUUUCACAUUCAGACUGUAUAACUGUAAAGUUACGUUCAGACAAAACACAAAGCACAUUUUCAUCCACAUACCAUGUAGACUCCUUAUAUACAAAAUGUUAUUUUUUUAUCAGGUAUCUGGACACCACAACAAAAAGUUUUCCCCCCAUUUUCUGAAUGGUGAAAAACAUCAUGGCUUUCCGUUCAUUAUAUCACAAGACACAUGAAACUUUAUCGUCACUGGAUUGCGACUAUACUUCAGAGCUUCAGACCUACAGCGUCACAAAAAUAAUACAAGACGUAAAAAGUUUAACUUUAAAACAUCAGGGGUAAAGGCAAGAGCAAGAUGAAGUGACAAACAAUAAUAAGAACAUAUGAUACUAAUAAUAAUAAUAAAUUGGUCUUUUAUGGCGCUUUUCUAGAUACUCAAAGAAGCUCCAUGAUAAAUCGUGUCGGAAUAAUAAUUAUUGCUACAUUGGAUACUUUUGCUCAAGUUAAAACAUUCAAGUCGUUUUCACAUAUGCACUCCUGAAAAUAUCUAGAUAAGGACAACUGUUUCAGAUAUUCUCCUGACCUGGCUGUU